AUGGCGUCGCCUUCGCCGUCCCGCGCGAGUCUGGACGCGUUCCGGUCGCCGGCCGACAAGAAGAGCUACCGACUCGUGACGCUGCCCAACGGACUGGAGGUUCUGCUCGUGCAGAGCGAUGCCGGGCCAAUUGCCGCUGACGCACGCAGCGACCACGACGACGCCAGCAGCGAGCAAGAGACCAAGGAUCAUGCUCCUCCCUUGGCGGCAGCGUGCCUGACUGUAAACGUCGGUAGUCUGUCCGACCCCGAGGGACUGCCGGGUCUUGCCCACUAUCUAGAGCACAUGAUCUUCAUGGGCAGUGCCAAGUUCCCGGCUGAAGACGCGUUUGAGGCUUUCCUCAGCGCCCACGGGGGCUCCAGCAACGGAGCGACGGAGUGUGAGAGCACCCGCUUCGUCUUUGACGUGGACGCCGCCUACCUCGAGCCGGCGCUGGACAUGUUUGCGAGUCUCUUCGUGGCCCCGUUGCUGCGACGUGAAGCCAUGGAGCGCGAGCUGAAGGCAGUGGAGUCGGAAUUCCAGCGAGUGCGCAACAACAACCCGGUGCGUCUGCAGCAAGUCAUGUGUGAGACGAGUGUGCAAGGACACCCGUACUCGCGCUGCUUCACGUGGGGCAAUGCCGAGAGCCUGAAGCAGAUUCCAGAGCGCGACGGGGUCGACGUGCGUGAACAAAUGGUGGAGUUUUUCAAUCGACACUACGUGGCGCCAGCUAUGAGGCUCUGUGUCUACGGGUGCGAGUCUCUCGAUGUUCUUGAGCAGUAUGUGACUCAGAGUUUCCGGGAUAUUCCACGUAGCCGCAUCGAUUACGAAGAGGUCUCUGUGAUUGAAAAGCUUGGCGUGCCGUAUGGCGGUGGAGCGGGGCAGCGACCGUCGAUCUUGCGUGUUAUUCCCGUGGGAGAAAAGCGCUCCUUGCGCUUGUACUGGAUGCUCCCGGCAAUGAUGCACAAGUACCGACAGAAACCCUGGUACUUUGUGGGUCAUUUAUUGGGACACGAAGGCCCAGACUCGAUUGCCUCGAUCCUCAAGCGGCGGAAUUGGGGUACCGACGUUAUCGCUGGCACUUCGGAUCGAGACGCCUACGAGUUUGGGUCCUUUGGUCUCGUGUUUGAAGUUCGCGUAACUCUAACCGAGGACGGUCUCGCUUGCUGGGAGCAAGUCGCGCAAGUUGUCUUUGACGUUCUUCACCUCUUCUCGGCCAAAGCAGAGCGCGGGGACUUACCCGCUUGGGUGUUUGACGAGCUUCACUCGUCUAGUGAAAUGGACUUUCGGUUCCAAGAGGACACGAAAGCGCCCGUGUCACUCUGCCGGGAACUCAGUGAGCUCAUGCUGCCACGUCACAAGGUCCAGCAAACGUGUGAAGGAGACUUGUUGCGCUACGACCUGCUCCAAGGAGAGUUUGAUGCUGAUUUAGUUCGCGCUUUGCUGGCCGGACUCACCGUCGAUAACGUUCGUGUUGUAUUGCUCGCGUCAUCGCUGGAAGAUUCUCUCAACUCCGAGGAGCUUCAGACUGAGCAGUGGUUUGGUGCCAAGUACACCGUGAAUUCUAUCCCAGACGCUGUGCUUGAAGCGUGGUCCCACAUUUCUGUUGAAUCUGCCGAGUUAUCGCCACUACCAACGCCCAACCCGUUCAUACCUCGAGACUUUUCGGUACUACCUUGUGAGCCAGCCAACAAAGGAGACGCCGAUACCCCUCCCGACCUCAUUCUCUCGACCUCACAGACGCAGCUCUGGUACAAGCGCGACCGCACAUUUUUGGUGCCCAAGGCCAGCGUCAGCUUCCUCGUCAUGUUACCAGCCUCCACCGCAGCGACUCAUAUGCUAGCUGAAUUGCACGUUGAGUUGGUGCGGCAUCGAUUGCAGCACACGCUGGAACAAGCAACUGCAGCGAAUUUCGAUGUCGAGCUGGACGUGCGAGACGAAACGGUCGAGGUUGUCGUGGCGGGCUUCAGUGACACUUUGCCAGCUCUCGUUCGUGCUGUCAUGCUAGAAGUUUUGCGGUCAUCGAAGGCGUCGGAGGUUGCGUCGGAGCUGACUCUGGCCCGAGAAGAGCUGGAGCGCGAGUACCUCAACGCAACGUUGUCUCCUCGAGCGAAGGCGUACGAGUUGCGUCUGCAAAUGCUCGAGAGUAGGGCCGUGACCACAGACGACAAGCUGGGGGCGCUCCAAAGCAAGGAAGGUCGUGAAAAGGAGCUCGCAGCAGACCUCUCACGCUUCACGACCACCGUUCUCGGUCGGAGUGAAGGAGUGCCAGCGAUACGCUGCCUGGUUAUCGGCAACAUGAGUCGUGAAGCUGCCGUCAAACUUGUGCACGAAGUCGAGGGCGUCACGACAGGAGACUCUACUGCACAGUUGACUUAUGAACCAGACGCGGAGCUCGAGCCUGAGCCGCCUCUCUUGGCUCCCCGAUACCACACAAUCGCGUUGCCACCGACCAGCAAUGGAUUGCUAGUUCGUCGAGAAAGUGAGCGCGUUGGGGAGCGGAACUCCGUCGUGGAGGUGUACUUCCAGAUCGGCAAAGUCGGCGCGGAAGAUCGAGCGUAUGCACUCUUGCUGCGGGCUCUGUUGGCUCAACCUCUAUUUCACGAGCUCCGCACCAGACAGCAACUCGGUUACACGGUGACGUGCAGCAUUCGCGAUACGCAUGGAGUGCUGGGUCUCAGUGUGAGCGUGCAGUCCGCCUCCCACGCGGCUGGGGCUGUAGCGAAGAAGCUCGAUGUCUUUCUGCAUGAAGACUUCCCCCACGAGCACCUCCUCUCGGAGAAGCGACUGUCGCCCAAACGCUUUGCAGCCCACGUCCAGACACUGCAAAGAGUAUAUGCGCGACCAGACUCGACGUUGGUGGAGCAGAGCGAACGGUACUGGGAAGAAAUCGUUAGCGGUCGGCUGGAGUUCGACUUGGACGUUCGCAUAGCCAACGCUCUGGGAAGCUGUACGCGUCAGGGCCUGGUCAAGCGGUACCAGUGCUGGCUGCAAGGCAGUACUAGCUGCUGCAACGACUGCCCAAAGAGUCCCCACUCAAAGCGCAAGGUGCUUCACAAAGCGAGCAACAAAGGCCAUCGCGGCCCUCGAAAGCUCAGAGUGCACGUAGUGGGCAAAUGCAGCCCGUUCAAGCCGCUCGAGCAACUCGUGCCUCCAGACAAGACGCCGGUGAUCAUCACAGGCGACCUUCAUGAUUUCAAGCGCGAGCUGCAGUGCCAUUGCCACGUUGAGGAUAAUGCUGCUGGAUGUUAA